UUCUUUGGCCCGUGCCCGAACCCUAGCUAGCUCUGGCGGCGGCUGUGGCGACGCAGGCGGCGGCGGCGGCAGCGGUCGUCAGACGGCGGACGGCGGCGGCGGCGGCGGUCGGCGGCAGCGGCGGUCGGCGGCGGCGGCGCACCAAAGAUCUGCUAUCUUCUGCUGCUGCGGAGCUCCGGCUAGAGUAGAGUGGCGGCUGGAGACGAGAAGUAGCUCAAAAUCGAGGAACGUGGGAUGGAUCCUCUGGACUUUCUUCCUAUACGAUUUCAUUUUGGUGGGCACUUUGUGAACGAUGGGCAGUAUGUACACUAUGCUGAUGGCGCUGUUGGAAUGUCACAUUUGGAGCGAGACAAAGUGUCACUGCCAGAGAUAGUUGGUUUCUUGAAGGAAGAUCAUUGGGAGGAUUUGAAGGAUGAUGAAGUGCAGUUCCACUGGCUAUAUCCUUGGAAAGAACUGCAUGAUGGGCUUGGUUUGUUGCAUGAUGAUGCGUCCUGUUUGAGCAUGGUUUCUGCAAUUGAAGAGGGAGGAGUAGCUGAAGUAUAUGUAGAGAACAUUGCCGAAUAUCAUAUAUUGGCACGCGCUCUCCCAUCAGAUGUAGAAGAGGUGGAAAAUGAGCAGGGACAAAUUGUCCCGAUGGAGAAAGUAACAACAGAAGUGGUACAGGCAUCCGCGCCGGCAGUCGAAGAUGAUACAGAUGAAGAAGACAGUGACUAUGUUCUUGGAGAUGAGUGUCCUUCGGAAGAAGAUGAAGAAGGAAUUGAGAUAAACAAGAAAUAUGUAGAGUACAAGAAGAAGAGGAAGCAAGGGCAGUUACAAGUGCUGGAUGAUGUAUACCUUCUACAGCCUAGAGUUGGCUUGACAAAAACUGUUGGAGAAGAUAAUAGGGAAGAGAAAGAUGGCAAUGAUACACCCUAUGAGGAUUCAACUGAGUUUGAUGACUCUUUCGAUGAAGAUGGUGAUACAAGAAACAAACAAGAUGAUUUCCCAAGGUUCAGGGACAGUGAGGAGGUGCCCAAGUUUGUGUUAGGCAUGAAAUUUGGUUCAAAAGAAGAGUUUAGGCAGGCAGUUAUUAAAUAUGGACUUAAGAAAAAAAAGUUCAUAAAAUUCAGAAAGAAUGAUUCUCAUAGGUGUAGGGCAACUUGUGACUGGAAGACAUGCAAUUGGUAUUGUUUGGCUAGUCUAACUAGUAAAUCUACUAGUGGGCAGAUUACUAGUAUAAAUGAUGUUCAUCAAUGCCCCUCUAGAAAAGACAACAAGCUUGUUACUGCUGCUAGGAUUGCAGCUAAGUAUGAAGGUGUUAUCAGUGCUAAUCCAAUGUGGAAUAUUGCAAACUUGAAAGCACACAUCAGGGAAGACAUGUUUGCAGAAGUUAGUACUUCUCAGGUGAAGAGAGCUAAAGGGAAUGGUGAUAAAGAAAAUGUUUGAUGCAACUAAGGAACAAUACACUAGGAUAUUUGACUAUCAAGAAGAGUUGCUUAGGAGCAAUCCUGGUAGCACUGUUGUGGUUAAGCUUGAUCCAGCUUGUGCAAUUCCAACCUUUCAAAGAAUUUAUGUGUGUUUGAAUGCUUUAAAGCAAGGUUUCAUGUCAGGCUAUAGAAAAGUCAUUGGUUUGGAUGGGUGCUUCUUCAAAGGAGCAACAAAUGGAGAGUUGUUAUGUGCUUUGGGAAGAGAUGCAAAUAGCCAAAUGUAUCCAAUUGCUUGGGCCGUGGUUGAGAAAGAAAACAAUGAUUCUUGGGACUGGUUUUGCUCAUUACUCUUCAAAGAUGUCAAUGUAUAUGAUGGUGAAGGCUGGGUAAUAAUUUCAGACCAACAAAAAGGUAUCAUCACAGCUAUACAGAAUUGGGCCCCUCAUGCAGAACAUAGAAAUUGUGCAAGACAUGUGUAUGCCAAUUGGAGAAAAGAAUUCAGAGUGAAAGAGUGGCAGAAACUUUUCUGGAAUUGUGCAAAGGCUUCUUCUGUGAGCCUUUUCAACUUGGCAAGGGCAAAGUUAGCAAGAGAGACCGUCGAAGGUGCAAGGGCAGUAACCAGGUUAGAUCCCAAGCACUGGUCAAGGGCAUGGUUCAGGUUAGGAUCUAAUUGUGACUCUGUUGAUAACAAUAUUUGUGAAAGUUUCAACAAAUGGAUCGUAGAUGCAAGAUUUUUGCCUAUUAUUUCAAUGCUUGAGGCAAUUAGACGAAAGGUUAUGGUUAGGAUUCAAGAAAUGAUUGAAAAAUGUGAGAAAUGGACAUUAGAAAUUGUGUGUCCUACUAUAAAUAAGAAGAUGAACAAGUACAUAGAUUGGUCUGGGACUUGUCAUCCUAUCAGCAAUGGAAAUAAUGUGUUUGAGGUCACCCAAAGGAAACAUUACAGAUUUGGUGUUGAUCUAAAUAGAAAUAACUGCACUUGUGGUUAUUGGCAAGUAUCUGGUAUGCCUUGUGCACAUGCAAUUGCAACAAUACACACCAUUACUAGUGACUUGACAAGUUACAUUGCUAGUUGUUUUUAUGUUGAGGCAUUCAAAAGAACAUAUGCACAUUGUCUGCAAUCUGUUAAUGGCGUGGAUUGUUGGCCAAUAUCACCACGGACUAGACCUGCGGCUCCUGGUUAUGUCAAGAUGCCUGGUAGGCCAAAGACUGAGAGAAGAAAGGAGGAAACUGAGAAAAAAGUGUCGAAGACCAGAUUGCCAAAGACUGGGACACUCAUUAGGUGUGGUAAAUGCAAAGGAGUUGGUCACAACAGAACAACAUGUCAUAGACAGCCAGGUGGGCAACAGAGUGGACAACAAAGUAGACAACAAACUGAACAACAGAGUGGACAACAAAGUAGAGAACAGAGUUCACACAGGGAAAAUGUUGUGCCUUCUCAACAAAGCACCAAUGAUGCAGCCACAUCUAGAGGGACAAAGAGACCAGUACCCAUGUCCAAGCCUCCUAGGCCUGCUGUCCAAGGGAAAGGGAAGAAUAUUCAGAAGAACAAGUCCUCCUCGAAGGCUGCAAUGAAAGGUGUCACUGUCAAUGUGAGUUCUAGCUCAGUUGUCACUGUUAAUGUGAAAUCAGGAAAUGCUAAUUCACAGUUCAAGGCACCUGGAAGGGACACAAAAAGGCAAAGGAAGUUACCUACAAGACUGCUGGACUGAGUGUUGUGCUACUAAGGCCUAUUUAUAGUUUGUUUGUGUGGAACUAUGUAUGUUGUUAUGUCUAUGGUGAGACCUAUCUAAUUUGUUUGUGUGGAACUAUGUGUGCUCUAAUGUGUGUGCUAUGAACC